ACACCCUUUUAUACAUACACUAAUUGUUAGUAUAAACCCACACAAUGGCUUCUGAAGGAAUUACUGAAAUCGACGCUGGUUUGAUUGAAACCAACUACGACAAUGUCGUCUACAAGUUUGAUGACUUAAACUUGAAACCAAAUAUCGUUAGAGGUAUUUUUGGUUAUGGUUACGAAUCUCCAUCUUCUAUUCAACAAAGAGCUAUCUUGCCAAUUACUGAAGGUAGAGAUGUCUUGGCCCAAGCCCAAUCUGGUACUGGUAAGACUGCCACUUUCACCAUUGCUGCUUUGCAAAGAAUUGACGAAAAUGAAAAGGCCACCCAAGCCUUGAUUUUAGCCCCAACUAGAGAAUUGGCUUUACAAAUCAAGAAUGUCAUCACCUCUAUUGGUUUAUACUUGAAGGUGACUGUCCAUGCUUCCAUUGGUGGUACUUCUAUGUCUGACGAUAUCGAAGCCUUCAAGUCUGGUGUUCAAAUUGUUGUUGGUACUCCAGGUAGAGUUUAUGACAUGAUUGAAAGAAGAUACUUCAGAACCGACAAGGUUAAGAUGUUUAUCUUGGAUGAAGCCGAUGAAAUGUUGUCUUCUGGUUUCAAGGAACAAAUUUACAACAUUUUCCGUUUAUUACCUGAAACUACCCAAGUUGUUUUGUUAUCUGCCACCAUGCCACAAGAUGUCUUGGAAGUCACCACUAAAUUCAUGAACAACCCAGUUAGAAUCUUGGUCAAGAAGGAUGAAUUGACUUUAGAAGGUAUUAAGCAAUUCUACGUUAACGUUGAACAAGAAGAAUACAAGUUUGACUGUUUGGUUGAUUUGUACGAUUCUAUUUCUGUUACCCAAGCCGUUAUUUUCUGUAACACCAGAUCCAAGGUUGAAUUUUUGACCAACAAAUUAAAGGAAAACAAGUUCACCGUUUCUGCCAUCCACGCUGAUUUGCCACAAGCUGACAGAGACACCAUCAUGAAGGAAUUCAGAUCCGGAUCUUCCAGAAUCUUGAUCUCUACUGAUUUGUUAGCUAGAGGUAUUGAUGUCCAACAAGUUUCCUUGGUUAUCAACUACGACUUGCCAGCCAACAAGGAAAACUACAUUCACAGAAUUGGUAGAGGUGGUCGUUUCGGUAGAAAGGGUAUUGCUAUCAACUUUGUCACUGACAGAGAUGUCGGUAUGAUGAGAGAUAUCGAAAAGUUCUACUCUACUCAAAUCGAAGAAAUGCCAGCCGAUGUCGGUAGUUUGUUCGGUUACUCUGAGUAAAUGUGUUUAUUCUCCCUUUGUUUUAGUUAAUCUUUAUCAUAUUCUAUAUAUUAUUUGAAAGAACAAAAAUCUCUUUAAGUUGGCUGUGUAGGAGACAAAGACCCUCCUUAAUUUUUUUCUGGUACUGUAAAAACUGCAACUGCCCC